AUGGCGGCCCAAGACGUGGAGCGGCGCCCCGAGCCGGGUCACGAUGGAAGACCCCUUCAACAAGACAACCUAGAUAUCCCCUCCCCAAUUGAUGAGAUUCCCGUGUCCCCGACGGAAGCAGGAACAGGAACCCUGGAAACCGUGAGCGACUUGUCUACAUCGGGCGAGAGCGAAGUCGCCCAGAAAGCGGGCCCCGACGUGCAACAUGAGCCGAAAGCCGACUCCACCCGGACGGGUUCGUCGGGGAGCACCAGCAAGAUACAGAUCCGGUGGUCCAACUCCCGAGACCCGCACACGGGCAUCCACUGGUACCUCCCCAGCCUCAUGCUCUUCCUGGUGCUGUCCGGCUUCUUCGGCGCCCUCGGCCAUCACCUGUACAACAAGCACCUCCACGGCCGCGAGGUCAAGGACGUCGCCUGGCCCCAGCGCUUUGGCAUUGCCCUGGCCUUCUUCAUCAAGAUGGUCCUGGUCGGCGCUGUCCAGAUAGCCUUUAAGCAGCGUGCUUGGCUGAGUGUUAAGAAGAGAGGAUUCAAAGUGGAGACCUUGGACAGCGUCUUCUCCGCAUGCUACGACCCAGCUCAGUUCUUGGAUAGGGAGCUGUUCACUGGUGCCUUCUUGCCCGCGCUCCUGGCAGUCUUGGCCUGGAUCCUCCCUCUCAGUGCCAUUGCAAGUCCGUCAACCUUGACCCAGGCAGACGGAAUCAGGAGCUUCGAUGAGGUCUGCUCGGACGUCUCGAUUCUAGACUUCAGACGCGAAAAUGGCUACGGGCUGCAAGACCGGGGCCCGAACAAGCAAGCCAUGUCGUACUGGGACUUUUUCGACAACGGGACCUACUUUUACAACAGCCCGUCGAUGGACCACAUGAAACUAUUCCAGCUGACCAUGCUCUCGUCCAACCCCCUCCAGCCGGAGAAUCCCUGCCCAACCGACACCAAUUGCACUUAUACCGUCUCCUUCAACGCGCCGUCGUAUAAAUGCGAGGAGCAUGACGACUUUGGCGGUCCCCGGACCUACAAUCUCACAGACCUGGCGCCCUAUGGUGGUCUCCUGUACGCCAGUUAUUCCUCAGUGGACGAAGACUACGUGGGACGGCCGUUGGACUGGAACAGGACCAACCCAGACAACGAUACCGGCAUCUUCCACCAGGAACCGAGCUUCUGGCUCGGUUGGGUCAUCAACACGACCAACCCGGUCACCCCCGAGGAUGCGACGAAGUGGAACACCACCAAAUGGCGUUACCAGCUAGUACCCCACGUCAUGGAAUGCCACUUCUACAACUCCACCUAUUCCUACAACCUGAGCUUCCUGCAGGGCAAGAUGACGGUCAAUAAAGCCUCCGUCGUGCCGAAUAAGCUGUUGCUCCCACCAGGCGAGUUCAUGGCCCCAUAUAUGGACAUCUACCAGGAAUACUCUGGUUUCCACGGCACCGGGUUCCUCUACCGCAACCUCCUCGCCGGCAACGUCAGCCAGGACGGCCAGGACUCGUACGUCAUCACCGAGUCGGACAUCUCGCAGACCCUCCUCAUCGACCCGGGCAACGGCUUCCCCGUGCAGGACGACGUCGUCGGCACCAUCGAGACGGGCUUCCAGAACGUCUACCUCUCCUUCCUGUCCGACACCCUGCAGUACAGCCAGCUGACCGCCAGCCGCCCCUGCCAGACGACCCUGCACGUCAUGGUCUGGCGCUACGAGCCCCUCUGGCUGGCCGUCUCGUACUUCGUCGCCGUGGGGCUCGCCCUCGCCGCCGUCGCCGUCGGCCUGCACGCCGUCGCCGCAAACGGCUACGUCGCACAGACCAACUUCAGCACCUUCCUCUCCACCACCCGCAACCCGGACCUCGACGGCCUCGUCGCGGGCUCGCCGCUCGGCGCCUGGCCCAUGGCCAAGGACAUCCGCCGCACGAGGCUGCGGUUCGGGGAGGUCGUCGGGGCUGGCGGUGCAGGAGGGGAGGGCGGGAGGGUGCCGCAUGCUGCCUUUGGGUUCCCGAACCAGGUCAAUCCCUUGGAGCGUGGGAAGCGGUAUGAGUGA